AUGACCGCUCAAGAGAUCAUGUUCCGGGUUCUCGCAAUCUUUGCACUCUUCUUCUCGUCAAGCCUCGCUAUCGUCGUACCACAGCGUUCGACCGGCCUGGACAAGCGUUCUCUCACCUGCGCACUUUCGAUCACCGUCGAGGGCUUUGGCAGCUUUGGUUCGCAAUUCUCAUUGACUGCUGUCAACGGGGAUGUGGCUGCUGCAACUCAGCUGCCGGGCGUGCCCGGUGUUGGCAUUGUUGGCGUGACCACAAACGAUCGAUUGCAACGCUUCCAGAAUCAAGAAUGGACCUUAUCGCAGAUCCGCUUUGCAUCGGUGGUCAACGGCAAGGAUGUGGCAUUCAACAUUGUGCUGCUCUAUCAGACCCCGGGCGAUUUCAAGCUUUUCAACUUGGCCUCGAUCACCGUCGGCGGCGUGACGCCAGCUUCCAGCAUGCUGUUUCGUCACACUCUUGAUACUCGUCUCGGCCACGACCUACUCUCGCAGAGAAUUUUCUUCUUCCUGUCCGACUCGACAAGCAAGAUGUGUAACUUUGCCACAUCGCUUUACCUGCUCUCCUUCGCCUCGCUUCUCUCAGCCUGGCUCAUCCAAGGACCGCCGUACCACAAGAUGCUCGAAUCAGCUGAUUCUCAUCCGAUCACUGUGGCAUACAACCUGCAAUACUCGUUCAAGUACGACUGCGGUCACGAACAAGCCUUUCCGGAGAAAGUCACCCAUCCGUCGGAUGCAUCGGUCUCGGUCAAGGUUGUCUCGUCGACCGUCGCAACGAAAGACGUCUCGGUCACCAUCGAGAAGUCUCACGGCAAACAUGCAUCCUCUGAAGACACGUUCGCCGGCACUCUUGUGGGCUUUGUCAACACGAAACCACCUGCCAUUCGCGUUCGAGUGAUCGAACGAUUCCCCUCGCCCGUCGUCGCUUAUCAGUCUUGCUGUACUGGCGUCUUCAAUGCUACACUCGAUCUGGCAUACCGCGAGCGCAGCGUGAUCAAGACCGAUUCGCACUUCUACCUAGACUGCUCGUCUUCGGCCAGCGCUCAUAAGGGCGAUGCGUGCUCGAAGGACCACCUCAAGGAGCUCGGCUUGUCAAAGAUCAAGCAUCACUGCGAAGGUGCUCAGGCUGUGUUUUCAGACGACGAGACUGAGUCGUGA